AUGUGGAAUCCAAAACCUUUAAUGGAGCUGAAGCUAAAAAACCUGCCAUUCACCCCACUUUUUCCUUCACGGGUGGCACCAACUUCACCUCCUCCACACGAACACCAGGGAACGGGCCGCAGAUCCCGGCGGGGCGGGACGAGGGGCACGGAGCGAGGCAGGAGGACCCGCCCGGCUGCCCCGAGGAGAAGGGUCUGGACGGGGGUUGUUCUGUCUCCGCAGUUCCUAAAGAGCAAGGCGGGAAAGCCCGAGAAGGCUGCCGUCCCCUACAGCCAGCCCGUGCACGGCUUACACCUGUGUGAGCAGCCAAAGAUCGCCAGGCAGAAGAGCAAGUGCAACGUGCCCCUGGCGAAGAUCACCUCGGCCAAAAAGAUAGAGAGCUUUUGGCAGGAUCCCGUGUCGCAAGACAUCGUUCAGAAGCAGGACAAAAAGCCGCUUAAAAACGCAGAGAACUUCAGAAACGCCAGGUCCAAGAAACCCGUGACCCUGACCGAAGCCAGCCAAAAAGAAAACUACGCUGGGGCAAAGUUCAGCGACCCACCGUCUCCCAGUGUCCUCCCAAAGCCUCCCAGCCACUGGGUGGGUGGCACAGCUGGACCCUCUGACCAAAACAGGGAGUUGAUGGCAGUCCACUUGAAAACUCUCCUUAAAGUUCAAGCAUAGUUUCCAAGAUCUCUCGAGUAAUUGGCAAAGAAAACUCACCCGGGAAACUUAAAACAAACAAACAAACAAACAAACAUGCCUUGUUGCAACGAAAAUUGCAAAAGACUGUCAAGUCUUACCAUGUUGACAAAUCCUUGUAUUAUAUUUUUUAUGGUCGUGUAAAUAGUGUACAUCAUGUAUUAUGUGUAUAUUCUUGUUCAUACUUUGAGAGGUACAUUUUAGUUUUGUUAUGAAAUGAUGUAUUUUGCACUGCCUGAAUGGUAGAUGUCUUGUAUAUACAAUAUGGACAAUUUUAAGUGUGUGCUUGACACAUGAAGACUUGACUUGAUUUGCACAAGGUAAUGAAAAUUUCGAAAGGAGAGUACAGCUUUCUGAUUUUAAGGUUCCAGAUCAAAUGUGAAUGUUUUAUUCAUGCACUACUGACAAUAGUUUUACCUUCUGUGUCCCAAUCAAGUAUAAACAUGGAAUUUUCAUACAAAUGUGAAGUUUUGCUCUCUGCUCUGGAAACAGUAUCUGG